AGGAAGAACAGUACUUACAACGAGUGACUGAACUGGAUAAAAUAACGGAGGAAAGAGACAAUAAACGUAAAGAAUAUGAAGCAUUGAGAACGAGAAGAUUGAAUGAAUUUAUGGAAGGUUUUUCUAUCAUAACAAUGAAACUCAAAGAAAUGUAUCAGGUAUCAUUUUAGUUUACUAUACAACUUGUACAGGUUUCAUGUCCUGGACAAGACGACGCUUUUCUUGACGGAACAGAAAUAUGUUGUUCUGUAUAUUCUAUAUGUUUUAAAAUCAUCAGAGUUCCGUACAAUGUUCCUCCCAAAACGAAGGAAAUCAAGAAAUUUUUCCUAGAGGUUGGUCGCAGCUAUGGUGCUACACAGUUCAAACUAAAAUUUAGAUUUAAAAAGACAUGAUUUUUCGUAAGUUUAGCCACAUCUAUAUGGAGUAAAUUAUUAACAACGGUGGACACCGUCACCAAAUUCAAAUCCAAUCGAACAAACCCACGCAGGUCCAGAUUUGCAAGAAUAUAUAGAUCGCGCAAAUGAAUGCUAGAGAAACGCAAGCAGUGUCAAGAACAGUAUGCUGCCAAGAGCAAAAUAAAAUAUUCUAUUUUGUGCCAAUGACCUAAAUCAAGCGCGCAAAUCGGAGUUUGGAGAUAAACGGAAACCAAGUGUCGGGGUAGCCACUUGAUCCCAGCGACUAUACUUGGUAUCUGAAAUAAAUUAAACUUUUUUGUCAGAUGAUCACACUUGGUGGAGAUGCGGAGUUGGAACUUGUAGAUAGUUUGGAUCCAUUCACAGAAGGAGUUGUGUUUAGUGUACGACCACCGAAGAAAAGCUGGAAAAACAUUUCCAAUCUUUCAGGAGGAGAAAAAACACUCAGCUCAUUGGCACUUGUAAGUUUGAAAAUAUUGUAAACAAUUGCUAAUAAUUGUGGUUUUUGUAGUUUAUUUACAUAUACAGUGAUUAUCAAACGUUUCGAGAUCUGCAUGGUUCCGAGGUCUGCACUGAUCUCUCUAUAACUGUGAUAAUGCUUUUGUGAAAACUAUAGUUAAUGCCCAGUAUUUGUGUUUCAGGUGUUUGCUCUUCAUCAUUUUAAACCGACGCCACUAUAUGUCAUGGAUGAAAUAGACGCAGCUCUUGAUUUUAGAAACGUCUCCAUUGUUGCUCAUUAUAUCAAGGUACACACAUUUUUCAUUUUGAGACUUAGAUUAUGGAUACAUUAAGGCUAUAAAAAGUCAAUAACUUGCUGCCUUCGGGUUCGUAACACUCUUGUAUAGUUUUUGUGUCGCCAUCUUGCUUUUCGCUACUCACUAAAAUUAUAUGAGCUGAUAUACAGUGGAUGACUAUAUUAUACACUUACAUUUUUCGUUUACUCUAUUGCUUCAGGAACGAACAAAGAACGCACAGUUCAUCAUCAUCAGUUUACGAAACAACAUGUUUGAACUGGCAGAUCGACUUGUGGGUAUUUUUAAAACUGAUGAUUGUACAAAGAGCGUGACCAUCAAUCCUCCUCUCUUUGCCACUGGAACGUCCAUGGUCCAAGCUGAGACUUGAACACCGCAUGUGUUGCUGCCACUACAGGAAGUGUUGAGGGCAACAUACUAUAUAAAAUAUAAACUAUAAACUAUAGGCUAACUUCAAACAAGCAAGAUGACAACCCAUUUUUUAUGGUUAUCACAAUCGAAUUCGUUAAGUACGUGGGUCUCGCUAAGCACUAUCGUGCAGCGGAUGUUGGACAGCCUGCAGUUAUCAGAAUAAGAACACCCCAAUCAUUAUAUGCAGGCAAAUUACGAGAAUGAUUAAGUUUAAUUUUCUUUCUCCCGUCAGUGUGAAUAGUUCUUGAAGUUGACCAGCAUCUGCUGCUCUAUAACGCUUGUACUGAAACCCGCCAAUAAAACCAAAAGAAGAAAUAAGAGUCACAGCUCCUAUCGUAGACACUAUAAAACCUCAUCUGUAAUAUUAACCAUUUGAUAUUCUUUAUUUAUAUAUAAUUGUAUCUUGUAAAUGUAGGAGGUUUUUUAUGAUUUUUAUUAGAAUAUAUAGUGGUAGUUGAAUCGUGUAUACUAUAGGCAUUAAAAUGUAGUUAAACAGACCUGAUAAUGCAUUUCGAUUUGGGUCUAAUUAACUCAUAAAUAAUUAAUGUUUGUAAUGUAAAUGGCACAAGUGUAAAUUGGUUACAAAUCAACCAUUUCCAUUCAG